UGUGAUAGAUAUCUUUCAACAUCUUCAUUGUUACUUGAGAAACAACACAAACAUCAAAAGAGACUAUCUGAUCAACUCCAACCCACAGUGGCUGGAGGUGUGUAAGCACUGGUCAGGAUGCAGGUCUCAUUUGCUUGUACGGAGCACAAUCUCAAGAGCCGCAGCGAGGACCGCCUGUGUGGCCUGCGAACUGCACCUCCACCAGGGGGCAGCAGCGGCGGAGGAGGAGAAAGAGGGAGCGGACAGGGAGGAAAUGCCAGUUAUGCAACUCAGAGCACUGUCAUAUCACGGGACGUGAUGGGGUCCCGCCCCCUGCCUCAAGGCCACGCCCACAUGAAGGAGGCUAUUGGACGGCACAGUAGCAUGAAAUACAGAAACCUCGGGAAGUCGGGUCUACGCGUUUCUUGCUUGGGUCUUGGCACCUGGGUGACAUUUGGCUCUCAGAUAUCUGAUGAGAUGGCAGAGAGCGUGAUGACGAUAGCUUAUGAAAAUGGAGUGAAUCUGUUCGACACAGCAGAAGUGUACGCUUCAGGCAGGGCUGAAAUCACUCUAGGGAACAUCAUUAAGAAGAAAGGCUGGAGACGGUCCAGUUAUGUAGUAACAACUAAGAUCUACUGGGGAGGACAAGCAGAGACGGAGAGAGGUCUGUCCAGAAAACACAUUAUAGAAGGUCUCAGAGGUUCGCUGUCUAGACUACAGCUGGAUUAUGUGGAUAUCGUCUUUGCCAAUCGAAGUGAUGUGAACAGCCCUAUGGAAGAGGUAGUACGUGCGAUGACAUUCGUUAUAAACCAGGGAAUGGCCAUGUACUGGGGCACAUCCCGAUGGAGUGCCAUGGAGAUCAUGGAGGCAUACUCUGUAGCAAGGCAGUUUAACUUGAUCCCACCAGUGUGUGAGCAGGCCGAGUAUCACUAUUUCCAGAGGGAUAAAGUAGAGGUGCAGCUGCCCGAGCUCUACCACAAGAUUGGUGUUGGAGCAUUGACAUGGUCUCCUCUUGCAUGUGGGCUGAUCACAGGGAAAUACAGUGAUGGGGUUCCAGACUGUUCAAGAGCCGCUAUGAAAGGUUAUCAGUGGCUGAAGGAGCGAGUGUACAGUGAAGAGGGCCGCAGACAGCUCGCUAAAAUUAAAGAGCUCCACUUGGUGGCAGACAGGCUGGGCUGCACCGCUUCUCAACUUGCCAUUGCGUGGUGUUUACGUAGUGAAGGAGUCAGUUCUGUACUUCUUGGUGUCUCCAAUACAGACCAGCUUCUAGAGAACCUUGGAGCCCUUCGGAUUCUCUCUCAAAUGACGCCUCAGACUGUAAGUGAGAUAGAUGCUCUGCUGGGAAACAAGCCUCAAUCCAAGAAAGAGUCACGUGCGUGAGAGAUGACCAGAACAUGUGCAGAUGGUAAAGACAAAGA